AUGGACGCAUUUUGCUACCCAAAGCAGACCAUCGAGUUUACCUACAGUCUACCAAAUGAAAAUGCAACAGUAAGCGAAACCUUUCAACUUCCACUAGAGAGCAAUAUCACAAUUCGUGAGCGUGCUUUUCUCUUGAUGAAAAAGCACAAUCUGGAGCAACAUUUGCUGCCAGAUUUACUGCAAAAGCUCGAGACUUGCAUCGACAAUGAAAUUGAUCAGCUGCAAUGUGAGACGUUGGCUCGACGACUGGAGCACAAGGACGCCCUAAUGGCCAAGUGUCGCGACUUUUGGCAGCAAGUGCGGCACGACAAUUCCGAGACCAUCUCACAAGCCAAGACGCAGCAAAAAAACUUUCACGAUGAAAACUUUUACCUAAUGUACCACCAGAUUGUCCACUCGGGCAUCCUGACGCCUCAGCUGAUUCAGCUCGAAAACCACAACUCGGAGGUGAUUCGCAACCUGCUGCGAGAGCGCGACGAGUUUUUGGAAAAGCUAACACGGGAGCAGAACCAAAACGUAGAGUCGAUUCUCCUCAGUGGCUCGUACAGUGACAGGGAGAUCAACUCGAUUACGAAAAACAACAUUUUGCUGGCAGAAAAGCGACUCAAAGAGUGGAAAGAUGUCAUUGCCAAUGUUCGAAGCGACCAGAAGCGAGAGUUUGCCGCCUGGGUAAAAAACACCUAUGAGGAUUUAAACGCGGGAGUUGCCACUACCGGUCACGUUGGCAAUCCAAUCGACUCGGUGUUGGUGGAGCAAGAGGAGGAGGAGGAGGACCAGGGGCCAAUGGAGGAAAGCUACACCAUCAACCUGGGCGCUCAGCUAAAGACGACCCACAACUUGCGCCUCAUUUCAGUCGACAUGAACAAGUUUUGCAAAAACAUUUGCACGCCGCAGCGAAUUCAGACGGCCAUGUCGCUCUAUUCAAAUUCACUAUCGGCAGUGGUUCGCCUCGUCGACAAUUGUCUCACCAACAAGUCGGGUAAGUCUGUAGGUUUUAUACUGCUAGGAUCUAAUUCUUGUCUAGACUUUGCCAAGUCUUGCUCCAACGCUUCCGAGAAUCACUUUGCCGAUUUUGACGUCCAAAUGGCCCACAUUGGCGCCGACAUUUGCCGCGCCAAGCAUCGAGGCGCCGCCGCCGCCGACGGCGACUACAGCCGGCUCAACACGGGGGAAGCCUACAUAACCAAGCACUCCAACUUGUCAGAGGCACAUGUCGUCUUUCACCUGGUCACCGACGAUACCGUCAAGAGUCCCGACAUCAAUUCUCGCCAUCCAGUCAUUUUGGGCCUGCGAAAUGUCCUCAAGAUUGCCUACAUUUACGACAUUGCCCACAUUUCCAUUCCGCUGUUGCUGCUGCACGACAUGAACGAGGACAUAACCAUUCAGUGGUGCCUUCGGCGGGCCGAGCUGGUGCUCAAGUGCGUCAAGGGGUUCAUGAUUGAAAUGUCGUCGCUGCUCUCGCUCAACGACAAUGAAAACAAGACUAUACAGUUUGUCGUACCCAAGGCAAGUGGCCAUUUCAUGUGGGUUUACUAG